AUGAAAUUCUCAACAAUCUUAACAACAGCUGCAACAUCAUUGGCAUUAGCACAAGCAAGAACAGUCCGUUUCUUUACAGAAUCAAAUGAUACCCAAAUCAACCAUAAAGGACUUUAUUCAACACAUGAAGGUGCCGGGAUCAAUUAUAUGUUUUUAGGAGGUGAUGAUGCUCAAAAUUAUACAAUCACUGAUUAUGGUGAAAUAUUCCUAUCUCAAGAUAGUGCAGAUGGUAGUACAUUCAAACAAACUUUAUCAAUUGUGAAUUACCCAAACGUUUUCCCAUAUUUACAGCUUUCAGUCACACCGGAUAAUGUCAAUUGGUAUAUUGAUGAUGGUUAUUUAUCAGGUAAUGGAUCUGAUAAUUUCUGGGUUGCUAAAAACACUAGUGAUCCUUAUAACUUUUCACAAUAUUCAUACACCAUUGGGCUGUUUUUGAAUGGAUCAACUGACCCAAAACAAUAUGAUGCAGCUGCUCGUGUCAAGAUUUUAGCUGAUAUUCAAGAUUGA